AUCCUGCACAGAGCUGAACCAGUGAAAUACACAAUUUGGGUAUUACUCACCUCUGUUUCUUCAUCGUCUACCGCAGGAUCGGCAAUGACAGUCAUCUUUUCUGCGUCUAUUUUCAUGACGACAGCCGCACUAGUGAGUUCUUUCCGGAAACGGAGUUUUUUAAGCUUCGCGGCCAGAGCCUCGUCAAGAUCACACACUUUGAGGUUCUGUGCCUAGGUAACCACCAGCAUAAGUCCUUCUCAGAGUAGCUAAAUGGACUCACCAUCCCGCGACAGCUCGCUGGAAGACUCUAUUUAGAGCGCAAUUAUAGACGGGGUUUGAGGGAAGAGAUGUUCUACGAGUUUCAGUUAGUCCGAUCUGGCCAAAUACCUCUGAAAGGGCCCGUGACGGCUGCAGCUACCUGUGAAUCCUGCGUGUGUGUCUGCGUCGGUAGCAGCCUCUGCGCGCUGUCGGAACGGCUGAAUGUCUUCGCAUUCGAUCAAGAGCUUGAUGCAGUUGCUUGUUGGAGUUGGAGUGACACGGAAUGUCUUGCAGCUGCAGCAGACAGGGGUGGCUGUGUCCAUGUCCUGUCACCAAGGCUAAAGACUGUUACAAUUAAUUCUCUGGUGGUGACGAAACUGGCCCAGCCUUCACUACAACCUGUGUUCUCUGCACUGAAACCUGUAUUGGGCAGUUGUGGCUCCCUGUGUCUGCUGGUCCUUACCGUUGCUGGUUCUCUCCACAUCGUUCACUCCAGAGACUGUGGGGGAGGGGAGGUUGUGUCAGUAGACGUCACUACAGACCAUGGACUUGUUGCUGUAUGCAGCAUCUCCAACUUGUCACACAUAAUCACUUUGAGACGUGAGACAUGGCCACUGAGUGUAUGGAGACUAGAGAAACAGCCAUUUUCUCUCACAGUGUCACUGCAAGUGUCCGCUCUACUUUCAGAAAGUUCUCCAGUAGUCCAAGUAGAAACAACUGGAGACGGCAGCUAUAUCGUUGUACUAACUGAGGAGGGAGAGGUGAGUGUGUGGCUGGCAGAGGUGAUGGUAGUGUUGGGAGUGUGGGGAGGGAGAAGGGGGCAACCUUUCAUCUCUCAGUUUUCUCUCAGCUCUUAUAAAGGCAUGGAGCCGUGCCACCUUUGUGUGCUAUGCCACGACUCCUCACCGGUAAGCAAAACACACCAGCAGAGGUUGAUUGGGCAGAGGGAUCCCCAGUCAAAGGACCUGCUGGUGGUGAUGAGUGUACCAGGGCUGCAGUGGCUGUUCUCAACUGAAGUCUCUCCUGGCUCC